AUGUCUAAACCAAGAGUUCUCCACCUCGGCGCCCCCAUAAAAUACAACCCGACGAUCUACACGCGCAUCAGCCAAAAAUUCGACAUCAUCCAGCCGCAGCCGUCCGAGCUGCCGCGCGAAGAAUUCAAGCGCGCACUGAAGGAGCGCCGAUGGGGCGAUUUCGACGCCGUGUUUCGUCCGUUCUGGAAUACGGGCGGAGAGAUGGGGAAUUGGGAUGAGGAAUUGAUUGGGCUUUUGCCGGGGAGUGUGAGGGUUAUGGCGUCGGCGGGGGCGGGGUAUGAUUGGGUUGAUGUUAAGGGGUUGGCGAAGAGAGGAAUAAUCUACUGCAACGGCGCCGCCGCCUCCAGCGACUCCGUCUCCGACAUGGCGCUCUUCCUCAUCCUGUCCGUAUUCCGCAACCUGCGCUGGUCACACAGCGCCGCCCACUCCGCCAACCCCGUAUCCUUCCUCGACGCACACAAAAACUCGCCCCUGAGCGCAUACAACCCGCGGUCCCGAACCCUGGGGAUCAUCGGACUCGGACAAAUUGGGUACCAGAUCGCGCUUAAGGCGCACAACGCAUUCGGGAUGAAGAUCCUAUACCAUGAUAUACUACGCAAGAGUCCCGAGAUGGAGGGGAGUAUUGAAGCGGUGUUCUAUGAUACCUUGGACAAGAUGCUGGGCGAGAGCGACUGCGUGAUCGUGGCGACGCCGUUUGCAGGCGAGACGCUGAUGACGGAGGGGCGGUUCCGCGCGUUUAAGCGCGGCAGCAGGUUUGUGAAUGUAGCGCGGGGGUCGCUGGUGGAUGAGGAGGCGUUGGUGAAGGUGUUGGAUGAGGGGGUGUUGAGUGCUGCUGGGCUGGAUGUGCAUGCGAGCGAGCCGAAUGUGCAUCCGCGGUUGGCGGGACAUCCGAGGGUGAUGAUGAUGUCGCAUAAUGCGGGGGGGACGGUGGAUACGCAUGUUGGGUUUGAGAGGCUGGCGAUGGAGAAUGUGGAGGCGUUUUUGGAGACGGGGAAGGCGUUGACGCCGGUGAAUGCGCAUUUGGUGGAGAAGCAGAUCAGGAGUGUUUUGUAG